AACUAGUUCUGCUCAGCAAUUAUUGUAUGGGUUCAUUCAUUGAAUCAGUCUCCUAUUUAGUUUCUUUCUUUUGGUGUGUGUGUGUGUGUAGUGUCGUACAAGAAAUCAAAAGAAGAGUUUACCUUUGACAAGCUUGUCAAACACCAUUAGUGUUUUUCCACCAUACUUUGACGAUUGAGUGAUUAGGAAUUAGUGUUUUUCCACCAUAGUUUGAUGAAUAUAAUACUGGGCGCUGGAGCAAGACGUCGUUGUUUUAUUAGGAAUUAGUGCUAUCAUCUCUCAUCUCUUGACGAAGUUUCAAUUUUGUAUGUACUAAAUGCUGCCGGCCUUUGACUAAUAUGCAUGCUUAUUAGUCAAUAGGCUUUGUCCGAACUUGCAUAUCUUCUUCUAGAUCCUCAACCACCGCAUGUUUUUUUGUUUCCUUUUUGAUCAACCAUAUAUUUUCUUUCCAUUUUUUGAAUAUGAAUGCUACUAGUAGAGUGGGUAGCUAAUGAAGGAAAAUUAAAUUCGAUGGGUGAUCUUUGUUUUCUGGUGUUUAGUACUAGUUUGCUCUUUCUGUUGUUCACAGGUUCAUUUGCAGUUGACAGCAUCGGUCCCUCGCAGUCUAUUCAUGAUAACAGCAGCACCUUGAUUUCAAGUGAUGGAAGCUUUGAGCUGGGGUUCUUUAGUCCAGGUAACUCGAAAAAUCGUUACUUGGGAAUUUGGUACAAAAACAUCCCGGUUAAAACUGUUGUUUGGGUUGCAAAUCGAUGCAACCCGAUUGAUGACUCAUCCGGUGUGUUGAUGAUAAACAGCACAGGAUAUCUUGUGCUGUUGGGUCAGAAUAAGAGUGUUGUUUGGUGGACAAGUUUACCUAAGUAUACCCCCAGUGUAAUGGUACAGCUAUUAGAUUCUGGAAACUUAGUAGUACGAGAUGUGACAGAUGGAAAGUCAUUGUGGCAAAGCUUCGAUUAUCCUUCUGAUACAUUGUUACCAGAAAUGAAGAUGGGAUGGGACUUUAGGACAGGUCUUAAAUGGGGAUUAUCAGCAUGGAAAAAUUCAGAAGACCCAUGUCCAGGGGAAUUCACUUAUGGGAUUGAAAUGGAACCUCAUGCAUAUCCUGAGGCAUAUUUUUGGAAAGGUGGUGUGAAAUAUUAUCGUUCUGGACCAUGGAAUGGCCUAAGAUUCAGUGGUGCACCAGAACUAAGGCCUAAUCCAAUUUAUAGUUUCGACUUUGUGUAUAGUGAUGAUGAAGUGUACUGCAUGUACAAACUUCAAAACAAGUCUGUAAUUUCAAUCAUGGUCUUAAAUGGAACCACAGGCACACGCGAUCGCCUUACAUGGAUUGCAGCAGAGCAAACUUGGAGGGCCUAUGCAUCAGUACCUAGAGAUUUCUGUGAUCAAUAUGACCUCUGUGGAGCAAAUGCAAAUUGUAUCAUUAGUAACAAUCCAGUCUGUCAAUGUCUACAAGGAUUCACUCCCAAGUCACCAGAGAAAUGGAAUUUGACAGACUGGUCACUUGGAUGUACGCGCAAGAAACCCCUAAGCUGCCAGGAAAGUGAUAAAGACGGGUUUGUCAAGUUUACUAACUUGAAAUUGCCGGAUACUACACAUUCUUGGGUGAACAAAAGUAUGAACAUCAAGGAAUGCAGAGCCAAAUGCUUGAACAACUGUUCCUGUAUGGCUUAUACAAGCUCGGAUAUCAGAGCAGGAGGUUCUGGCUGCGCCAUUUGGUUUGGCGAUCUACUAGAUAUCAGAAACUUUCCGGGUGCUGGCCAGGAUCUAUACAUUCGAAUGUCGGCUUCAGAGAUAGAAGAUGAUGAUAAAGUGAACACAGGAGUUAUAGUUGCUGUUGUGAUACCUGCAGUGUUUUCAGGAAUGCUCUUAGUUGGCUACUAUGUCUACCAAAGCAGGACCAAAUUGAAAGAGACAGAGAAACGAGAAGAAAGGGCACAAAAGGAGGACCUGGAGCUCCCGCUCUUCAACAUAAGCACAAUAGCUAGUGCAACAGAUAACUUUUCAGAUGAUAUGAAGCUUGGAGAAGGUGGCUUUGGACCUGUUUACAGGGGGACACUAGCAGAUGGACAAGAAUUUGCCGUGAAGAGGCUUUCAAGCAGUUCUGGCCAAGGAUUUAACGAGUUCAUGAAUGAAAUUAUAAUGAUCGCCAAACUUCAGCACCGAAAUCUUGUAAAGAUUCUUGGUUAUUGCGUGCAAGAAGAGGAGAAAAUGCUGAUGUAUGAAUACAUGCCCAACAGAAGCCUGGACAUCUUCAUUUUUGAUCAAACGAGGGAAGAACUACUGUUAGAUUGGCCUAAACGUUUCCACAUCAUUUGUGGAAUUGCUCGGGGUCUCCUCUAUCUCCACCAAGAUUCCAGGCUAAGGAUUAUACAUAGAGAUCUAAAAGCAAGUAAUGUUCUACUUGAUGAUGAAAUGAAUCCUAAAAUUUCAGACUUUGGCUCGGCUAGAAUAUUAGCGGGAGGAGAUCAGACUGGAGGAAAUACUAAGAGAGUGGUCGGGACAUAUGGCUACAUGGCACCUGAAUACGCUGCUGAUGGGCUAUUUUCUGUGAAGUCCGAUGUCUUUAGCUUCAGCAUAUUGGUGCUGGAGAUUAUAAGUGGAAGGCGAAAUAAGGGUUUUUAUCAUCCAGACGAUAGCCAUAAUCUUAUUGGAAAUGCUUGGAGAUUGUGGAAUGAAGGAAGGCCUUUAGAAUUGAUUGAUUCAUGGUUAGAGAGCUCAUGUAAUCUAUCAGAUGUGUUACGUUGCAUUCAAGUUAGUCUUUUGUGCGUGCAACAUCAUCCUGAGGAUCGGCCAAGCAUGGCUUCUGUGGUUAUAAUGUUGGGAAGUGAUAUUGCAUUGACUCAACCUAAACAACCUGGUUUCUUUAUGGAAAAGGAACAUGAAGCAGGCCCUGAUAUAGGUAAUGAAUCAUCAACCAAUGAAACAUCCAUUUCGCUUUUGGAAGCUCGGUAAGGAUCAAUUUGUGUAGCCAGGUUCAUGCUGCUUUGUUGAGGACAUGUUCAUAUAUCUAAAACAGGUAAGCUUUACAUCUGUACGCUAGAAAUUAUACUUCAACAUGAGGUAACUUGAUUCAGAAUAAGAAACAUGCAUUUUGCAACUCAUAUUGAUGUAUCCAAGUAGAAGCCAAUUUUAUAAAAAUUGGUGGAAAACGAAUGUUGUUUCUUUUCUUUAGAUUAGAGGGGGAAGACAUUUUAUACACGAUAACACUUGGCUAGACUGUGCUACUCUAAAGUCUAUUACAAUAUAUGGGGGAGCAAGAAGCUGCCUCGUCAAUUGUCAGCAAUGUCACCACAGACCGGUCAGUUCAGCAAAGCUCACCCCUCGUGCAUUUGACAUUCUAACCCAACUCAAGGAGCAGAGCUGCCCUUGAACAUGAAAUGCAGUCAUAGUGAUAUCAAUUUAGUGAGUUGAUAAAUCUACA